GACACCACCACUCGCCGGCACAAUGGCCGCCAGCUCCGGCGACCACUUCGCCGGAUGCAGCGCGGGUGGAGGCGACAGCGCGUGCUCCACCCCCUUCGUGAGUGCGCCGUCCAGCCCCGCCCACGACGCUUCGUUCCGCGGCACCGCCGCGGCCGGCUGCUUCUACAGCGCGCCCGCGAGCCCUGCGCGCGGCGGCCUGGACGAAGGAGAUGAGUACGGCUGCGAGCUGGGAUUCGACUUCGACUUCUCCUCGAGCGUCCCGUUGCCCGCCGCGGCGGCGAUGUCCUCCGCUGACGAGCUCUUCCACAACGGCCAGAUCCGCCCAAUGCGGCUCGCGUCCUUCCUCCUCUGCCCACAGUCGCUGCCGCCUAGCCACCCGCCGCCGCUGUCGGAGGCUGCGUUGGCGGGGGCGGACGCGCGCGGACGUUUCCGGUGCCUGUCAGUGCACCGCCGGUCCUGCUCCCACGCUCCAUUCCGUACCCAUUGGCUCUCGCCGUCGUCGUAUCCUGCUCCGGCGGCGAACUCCAGGGAGACAACGGCGGGGGAUGCUGCUCCAUCGGCGUCGCAGUCGUCGUCACCCUCCUCGACGGCGUCCUCCGCAUCCUCGUCGUCGUUAAGAAGCUUCCGCUGGUGGGGGUUCUUGAAGGACCUCCUCCACCGGAGCAAGUCCGACGGCGGCAAGCACCACCUACCCUCGCCCUCUCCUCCGCCGCCGACCCCCAAGAGGGACCCCUCCCCGGCGGCGGGGAGGAGUAUGGGAUUGGCGCACGCGCGGCUGUACGAGGCGCGGCGCGCGGAGGCGGAGGAGAUGCGGCGGCGCACGUUCCUCCCGUACCGGCAGGGGCUGCUCCUCGGCUGCCUCGGGCUCAGCUCCCGGGGCUGCGGCGCCAUGCACGGCCUCGCCGCCGCCGCUGCCGCCAAAUCCAGGCCCUGACGCGACGCCCUCACCACCCCCAACUCCAUGAACACCUAUCCUUCUUCCUCCUUGAGCUGCCGUUCUUGGUGUUCUUCAUGGUUUAGCUGAGUCUUAAGUAACUAGGUC